UGGACCUAUUUUACACUUUACAGGUCUUCGAGGAAGUCCCAGUUCUGGGACAAAGUUGCGACUCCCUCUCUCUCUCUCUCUCUCUCUCUCUCUCUUCUAUGCAUAGUUACGUACACUGCUACAAAAACAUAAUCUUCAACUCAAAUCGAUAACCCCACACACCUCUUCAGAAAAAUCGAUAAACCCCUAGACCAAUCACUCACAGUUCCACCUGAUAUUUCGAAAUUCACCACCGCUCUGAUCCGGAGGAUUCACCGAUGAAUUCAAACGGCAUGAGCGUCGAACCAUUCAACCGGUUGGUGAAGCUAGCGGCUAGGGCGUUUUACGAUGACAUCUCGACGAAAGGAGAGAAUCAGCCCAAAACUGGGAGGAGUGACAAUCGAGGGAUUGCUGUGGUUAUACUUGAUGCUCUAACCAGACGUCAGUGGGUAAGAGAGGAAGAUUUAGCAAAGGACUUGAAGCUACACUCAAAGCAACUUCGCAGGACACUGCGAUUUUUUGAAGAAGAAAAGCUAGUCACUAGGGACCAUAGGAAAGAGACAGCAAAAGGUGCAAAGAUAUAUAGUGCCGCAGUAGCUGCCACAGCUGAUGGUCAGCAUGGGCGAGAGGGAGAAGAAAAGAUUAAGCUGCACACUCACUCAUAUUGUUGUUUGGACUAUGCACAGAUAUAUGAUGUUGUGAGGUACAGACUGCACCGAAUGAGGAAAAAGCUGAAAGAUGAGCUUGAGAACAAGAACACUGUUCAGGAGUAUAUAUGCCCCAACUGUACAAAAAGAUAUACUGCUUUGGAUGCACUACGACUUGUUUCUACAGAGGAUGAAUAUUUUCAUUGCGAAAGUUGUAAUGGGGAACUUGUGGCUGAGAGUGACAAGUUAGCUGCUCAAGAAAUGGGGGAUGGAGAUGACAAUGCAAGGAGGCGGCGACGUGAAAAGCUGAAGGACAUGCUUCAAAAGCUGGAGGAACAGCUUAAGCCAUUAAUGGAUCAACUCAGCAGAGUAAAAGAUUUGCCAGUCCCUGAAUUUGGAAAUCUCCACGCGUGGGAACUUCGUGCGGCUGUGCGUACAGGAAAUAGUGAUUUUAAUGCCAAUGAUGCCUCAAGAUCUGCCCAAGGUUUUGGUGGAACACCUAUGCCAUGUGUUGGAGAGACAAAGGUUGAAGUAGCCUUUUCUGGUGUUGAUGAAAGAGGAGAGGACACGAAAUCUGAGAAUUCAAAUUCAGCUAUGAAAGUUCUACCUCCUUGGAUGAUCAAGCAAGGUAUGAACCUUACAAAAGAACAGCGUGGAGAGGUUAAGGAGGAGAUGAAGAUGGAGGGCACUUCAGCACCUGUCGACCUAUCAGAGGACAAAAAGGACAAAAAGUCAAUGACCCAAAAUACUGAUGCUAAAAUUUUACAGGAUGAAUAUGUUAAAGCCUAUUAUGCGGCUAUACUUCAGAUGCAACAAAAGGAAGCUGCCAAGAGAGAACAGGAGUUGUCAAAUACUGACAUCUCUAAUGGUGUGUAUGCCAAAUCUGAUCGUCAAGUUGGCAGUAAGUCCAAACGUGAUGACAAUGAGGGAGAUGAAGAUAUUGAAUGGGAAGAAGCUGCACCUACAGGCAAUGCAGGUGAAAGUUACAAGGUGAAUGAUUUGAAUGUUGAAGCUGAUGCAUCAGUAGAUGAAGAUGAAGAUGAUAUAGACUGGGAAGAGGGCUGAGAGUUGACUAGCAUUUCCUGUUUCUUGCAGAGUCUGGCUUUUUAAGGCUUGCAUUUCCAUAAAACGUUGGAGCUUUUCUUGUUUGAAUUUUCCUUGAGAAGUAAUUUCUGUAGGGAGUUUGGAUGAAGCAAGAAUAUCAUUCGGAAAGCAGCAGUCAGUUAUGCGAUAAUAGGUGAUCAGAGAUUGUAUAUUCACAUGUUAAGUUUCAAAUGCAUAUGUAAUCAUCAGAGUAUACUACAGGAUAUGAUAUUACCAUAUUAUGAUCUAUUUCCUUCCACACACAAAAA